AUGCGCGUCUCAUCAGGCAUCCUUCUCGCCCUCCCGGCGCUUGCUGUCGCCGAGGAGCAGCAGAUCCCUAUCCUCGACAAGGUCAAGGGCUUCUUCAACAAGGCGUCUGCUGCCGUGUCCUCUACUAUCUCGGCCUCAAUGCCAUCGGCGCCAGUCGAGGCAGCAGCCAGCGAGGCAGCGGCCAAGGUGGUCGAGGUGAUCCAGCACCCGUUGACUCUGGAGAACUGGAAAGACGUCUUGACAGUCGACCCGACCGCCAGCCCGCCCACCACCCAGGACUGGCUUGUCUUCACCACAGGUGGCAACAACACAUGCUUCGGCCUUUGCGGAAACGCCACCAAGGCCUGGAAUGCCUCUACCCCCUUCAUCGCCGCCAUGCCCAACGCGCCCAAGCUCGCGUACCUGGAUUGCGAAACCGAGGGCGUUCUGUGCAACUCGUGGUCCAUUCAUGCGCCAUCGCUGUACUACUUCCAGAUCCCCAAGCCGCUCCCCGACCAGUCGGCGCCUGUCCCUGUCGCUCGCUACCAGGCAUUGAACCGCACUACCACCACCGCGGAGACGAUCAAGAAGCUCAUUGUCGACAACGAGAUCGCUGAGAUUGAGCCUUACUGGGGUCACUUCCACCCCUUCAAUGGCACCAUGCAGCAGUACAACCUCGCUGUUCCCUACGGCUACUUCACCUAUGGUUUCUCCAAGAUGCCUUCAUGGUUGCCCAUGAUCAUCAUCUCGUUUGUCAGCAGGUCUUUCAUGGGCAAUCGCAUGGCCGGACCCACCCCCGCCCAACGAGCACCACGGUAA